AUGGCCGCUGGCUCUCGCACAUCGCUAUCCAGCGCGCUGCCCAAGCCCAAGUACACCGGCGAAGAUGAAGACCUGCCGACGCACACGCAACAGAAGGGCCCACGAGUCAUCGAUGCACGCGAGCUCGAAUCAUCGCAGCUGGUGGUGAAGCGCUCCGGACCACCGCCAUACGGAUCGCGCUCGGGAUGGCGACCAAGAAAUGCCGAAGACUUUGGAGAUGGGGGUGCUUUCCCGGAAGUACCAGUCGCACAAUACCCUCUAGACAUGGGUCGCAAAAACCAGCCAUCUUCUUCCAAUGCACUCGCACUGCAGGUGGAUAAUGAAGGUAAGGUCAAGUACGAUGCGAUCGCACGACGGGGCCACAGUGAGAACCGCGUUAUCCAUGCCAGCUUCAAGGACCUCAUUCCGCUGCGGCAGAGGGCUGAUGUCGGAGAGAUCAGCUUGGAGAAGCCGAGCGAGGAAGAGGUGCAGGAGAGCAAAGAGCGGACACAGCUGGCACUGCAGACUUUGGUGGAUGGUACUUUGGCUGCACAGAAGCCCAAGAAUGUCAAGGGCACGACGAGGCCAGAGCCUACCUUUGUGCGGUACACCCCGGCCAAUCAAAUGGGAGACAACAGCAAGAAGCAGGACCGGAUCAUGAAGAUUGUGCAGAGACAGCAAGACCCGAUGGAGCCACCGAAGCACAAGAUCAAGAAAGUUCCUCGUGGACCACCUUCCCCACCACCCCCCGUGAUGCGUUCUCCGCCACGUAAAUUGACCGCCGAAGAUCAAGAAGCGUGGAAGAUUCCGCCACCCGUAUCAAACUGGAAGAAUCCCAAGGGUUACACUGUGCCUCUUGACAAACGUCUGGCUGCUGAUGGUCGAGGACUGCAGGACGUGACUAUCAACGACAAGUUCGCACAAUUUGCAGAGGCACUCCACACCGCGGACAGACAUGCAAGAGAAGAGGUGCAGCAGAGACAGCGAAUGCAACAGCGGUUGGCCGAGAAAGAGAAGGAGGCCAAAGAGGAACAUCUGCGACAGCUGGCGAUGAGAGCGCGCGAGGAUAGGGAAGCUGCGACAACACAGAGACGAGGAUCUGACAGGGGAAGGUCAAGAAGCCGAUCUGCGGAUAGCCGCUCAUCAUAUUCAUCACAUUCUUCACACUCGCGCAGCAGGUCUCCUCCUGGUCGCGACGAUGGGGAGAAAGAUCGCAGAGAGCGUGAGCGACAACGCGCCGAUGCUCGGCGUGAUGCCCGUCGUGAGAUGCGACAGAAGAACAUGGGCCACGAGAGGCGAUUGCAGAUGAUGGCACGGGAGCAGAAUCGUGAUGUCAGUGAAAAGGUGGCUCUGGGUCUUGCGAAGCCCACGCAGAGCAAGGAAGCAAUGUACGACUCUCGACUUUUCAACCAGAGUUCCGGCUUUGCUGCAGGUUUCAACGAGGACCAGCCAUACGACAAACCGCUGUUUGCUGAGCGAGAUGCUUUGAACUCGAUCUACAGGCCUCAGGUGGGAGAUGACGACGAUGAAGAUGGUGGCGAGACUUUGGAGAAGAUUCAGGGUACGAAGAGGUUUGAAACGCUCGGGAGAGCGCCAAAGGAGGGGUUCAAGGGCACGGAGACGGCCGAGCAGAGAAGUGGACCAGUCCAAUUCGAACGUGACCGCGGCGAUGAUCCUUUCGGUGUUGAGGCCAUGAUCGAUGCGGCGACGAAGAAUGCGCACAAGCGACCGGCUGAAGACGAGAGCGGUGGGAAAGGCAAGAAGGCGAGGGUGGACGAUGAGUAG